AUGACUGCUACUUUAGAAAGACGCGAAAGCGCAAGCCUAUGGGGUCGCUUCUGCGACUGGGUUACCAGCACUGAAAACCGCCUUUACAUCGGAUGGUUCGGUGUUUUAAUGAUUCCUACUCUAUUAACUGCAACUUCUGUAUUUAUUAUUGCUUUCAUUGCAGCUCCUCCUGUAGAUAUUGAUGGUAUCCGUGAGCCUGUUUCUGGUUCUCUUCUUUACGGAAACAACAUCAUCUCUGCUGCUAUCAUCCCUACUUCUGCAGCUAUCGGUUUGCACUUCUACCCAAUUUGGGAAGCUGCUUCCGUUGAUGAAUGGCUUUACAACGGUGGUCCUUACGAGUUAAUCGUUCUUCACUUCUUACUUGGUGUAGCUUGCUACAUGGGUCGUGAGUGGGAACUUAGCUACCGUUUAGGUAUGCGUCCUUGGAUCGCUGUUGCAUAUUCAGCUCCUGUUGCGGCUGCUACUGCUGUUUUCUUGAUCUACCCAAUUGGUCAAGGAAGCUUCUCUGACGGUAUGCCUUUAGGAAUCUCUGGUACUUUCAACUUCAUGAUUGUGUUCCAAGCUGAACACAACAUCCUUAUGCACCCAUUCCACAUGCUUGGUGUAGCUGGUGUAUUCGGUGGCUCUCUAUUCAGUGCUAUGCAUGGUUCCUUAGUAACUUCAAGUUUAAUCCGUGAAACUACUGAGAAUGAGUCUGCUAACGCAGGUUACAAGUUUGGUCAAGAGGAAGAAACUUACAACAUCGUAGCUGCUCACGGUUACUUUGGUAGAUUAAUUUUCCAAUACGCUAGCUUUAACAACUCUCGUUCUUUACACUUCUUCUUAGCUGCUUGGCCUGUAGUAGGUAUCUGGUUCACUGCAUUAGGUAUCAGCACUAUGGCUUUCAACUUAAACGGUUUCAACUUCAACCAAUCUGUUGUUGACAGUCAAGGUCGUGUUAUUAACACUUGGGCUGACAUCAUCAACCGUGCUAACCUUGGUAUGGAAGUUAUGCAUGAACGUAACGCUCACAACUUCCCUCUAGACUUAGCUUCUGUUGAAGCUCCUUCUGUAAACGGUUAA